AAAAAUAUACUGCCGCUUACGUCAGCGGCUGGGCUCAACAUGAUUUUGCAGAUUUUUCCCUUCUUCUCAUACUCCAUGGCCACUUUAUAAACAAAAGUGACGGUUGUAGCAAGAACUCAUUUCAAAACUGUCUGAAUUUUCACCCAGUAAUGAAUAAAAUAAACGCACAAUGCGAGGUUUGCCGGGAACACGAAUCAAAAUACACUUGUCCGAGGUGCAGCGAGCAUACAUGCUCUUUGGACUGUUUUAAGAAGCACAAGAUUGAAAAGUCGUGUUCAGGGUUAAGUGACGCUUCCCUAGGGACGAGAGACUCUUAUGUUAACAAGAAAGAGAUGAAGAUGGAGGACGUGCAGCGUGACUAUAAUUUUCUGCUAAAGGUUAAUCGGUCUUUGGAGUUGACGAAGCGGAAAAAACAAGAUCUAAAAUCUAUGGUGCAGAAACGUGGGAAACCUCAACCUCGUCGAAAUUUCAGCCAAACGCAAGGGGAGAACGCCAGGCCGUGGAUACUACAGCGUGGUGUAAGAGUGAUGAAAGCACCGUUUGGCAUGGAGAGAGGGAGGAGCAACAAGAGCUCCGGAAAGGGAAAUAACUGGUCGUGGACGGUGGAGUGGCUAUUGGUGGACUCACAGAUGCAAAUGCUGCAGAAAUACGUCAGAUACAGGUCGAAUGAAACGGCAACUUUAAAAAGUCUUAUACCCGAAGGGUGGAUCACCACUAAUGAGGAUGGGGUGACCGAGAGCUACACGAUAUUGCUCAAAGACCUAGAUCAGAGAAACAUCUUUGUUGAGUUAUCCCCCGACUUGAAGCUCUCAGAAGCAUUUCACAACCGCUUGGUGCUAGAGUAUCCUACAGUGUACAUUAGCAAGGAGAAGCUUGCUGACAAUUCAUCGCUGAAAAUAAUACGUGAGGGGUCCGAAGAUGCUGGGCCAUCUGACGAGUCCAAUGAGGACACCACUUCAGAAUCAGACUCAAGCAAGGACUCAUCGUCUUCGUCUUCCUCAGAUGAUGAUUCCAGCUCCGAGUCAGACACAGAUGCCGGUUCUCAGUCAGACGGGGCUCCAGAGGAGUCAAGCUCGAAAGUGCCCGUGCAAGAACAAGAAAAAUAAACUCUAUGAUUGUAUAUUAGUAUAAAAGUUUUUAA